AUGGAGUUCUUUGACGAAGAAAGCAGACCCAGAUUCGUCCUUCAAUCCCGAUCAACCCCAAAAACUACCCCCAAAUCCGAAAAGCUUGAUGAUCUCCACAAGCCUGCUCUCUUUGUCUCUCUUUCCCUCUCUGCCCUCCUCUUAACCCUCUCCCUUUUCUACUUCCAAUCUGAUCCUCUGCAAUCCAUCUUCAUCUGGUUCUCAUUAUCUCUCCUCGUAGGCCCCUUUGCUCCUCCCUCCCUGACAGCUGGCGACAUCCGGGUCGGUCUUGGUCCGGCCAUCCAGCCCCAAAGUCCUCGACAAACCCCAGAACCCGAACCAUUAAAAAGAUCAAGAUUCAAGACAAAAAAACCUGAUCAAGAUUUCAUAUCGGUCCCGGCUGUCGUCGUGAACGAAACUCCAAAGCCCAGCAACAAGAGCGAUUCAAAUGUUAUUGUGGUGGAAGAUAAAGAAUGGAGUGAAGGAGAUCUGGAGUUGUUGAAGAAGCAGAUGGUGAAGAAUCCUGUAGGGAUGCCAGGGCGGUGGGAGGCGGUGGCGGAGGUGUUUUCUGGGCGCCAUAAGGUGGAGAGUGUGGUGAAGAUGGCGAAAUCGAUGGGCGAAAGGAAAAUUGGCGACUCAGAUUCUUUUUCAAAGUUCUUGAAAGAUAGGAAGGCAGUGGACAAGAGGGUUGAUGAGGUUAUUGAGAAUGAAAGGGAGCAGGUCAGUAAUGGUGGAAGUUGGAGCUCCGCCGAGGACAUAGCUCUGCUCAAUGCUUUAAAAGCUUUCCCUAAAGAUUCAGCCUUGAGGUGGGAGAAGAUCACAGCUGCUGAGUUCAAAAGUUUCUUCCGAGGCUUAAAUCUUAAUCAAUCAAGAGACGAAAUUUGCUUAACUGAGGAUGGAAAUGGAAUGCAUAACAACUUAAGGAAGAUUGUGAAUGGCUUUAUGUUUGAGGAGAUUGAUGGGUCAUUGCUUAAUUCGUGUAUCAAAUUCUAGUUGGAUGACUAUUGAUGAAACUUUACGAUUGUUAGUAAUUUAUAACUUACUUUAAUUAAAUGAUUGCUACCAUAUAAUUUCUUUGUUGGUGUUUAUUCAAUGACAAAUACUGCUCAAUGGAAAGAACAUAGAGAGCAGCAAGGCUUUGCAGAAUGUUAGCAUGAAUGCAGUUAAGCAAUUUGAUUUGCUUUAUAAAAACCCAAUUGACUUGAG